AUGCAACGCCAGAUUGGCUUGCAUUUCACAACUGAGAUCAAAGACGGACCCUAUACGACCGACAUCAGUACCAGCAAGAAACAUGACGGAAAACUACAGAACAACCAGUCAACCACCCGCGAUAACAGCGUUGGUCUCUUGCAACCAACACCAGCACUCCCUUCUCCUCCUCAGCCUAAUCCCUCACCGCGGUCCUCAGAGUCGUCCUGCAGCCUAUACGUCAUUGGGAUCAUUGCUACUACGAAGAGCAGCGGGGACAGUGAGUCGCCCUGGGAGAUCCCUCUCCUUAUGUUAACCUCUGCUAGUCUUACUCCAGAGCUUAAGCAAGGUCUUUUGCUUGAGUCUUGUGGCUACUUUUGCCCCAUCUUAUCUAAGCCUUUCUUCAGAGAUAUUGGUAUCGUGCCUAGUGUUGUUCCGAUGAUUAUGGGCAUCAACUCCACUGGUAUAUCACAUGGCCUUCUUAACCUACCACUUGUGACGAAGCAGUCGGUAAGCUCUGCCAUGGACAGCGAUUUCAAAGUGUUCAUCAUUCUGACAGUGAGACUGGUCUUGUCUCCUUCAUCCAGCGUAUCUUCGAUGAAUUACGACUGCAGCGGUCAAACUACAGGGAUAUGCAGGUCUCCACUGAGCUGUGCUGAAGAUUUCGCCUCCUUUUGCCCUGCAGAAAACAGCCGUUGUUGCCCAGAGCCUGUGAGAGCAUUCAUGUCUGAUGAGUUGCUUAGGGCUAAAUUAACAGCACCAACAACAACGACAACCACCACUACGCCAAUGCCAGUUACAACUACUUCAACAACGCCCAUGGAAACUACAACUCCAACAACCACAACCACGCCUUUUGGGACUUCUACGACAACACCAGUUACCACAACAACAACAACGCCAGUUCCUACAACAAUGACAACAACAAUUAUAUCAACGCCUUUUGAAACUACUACUUCAACAACACCAGUUACCACAACAACAACAACGCCAGUUCCUACAACAAUGACAACAACAAUUAUAUCAACGCCUAUUGAAACUACUACUUCAACAACACCAGUUCCAACAUCAGUGACAACAGCAACAACAACUCCUUUUGGGACUACUACAACAACAACGCCUGUUGGAACUACUACUUCUACAAUACCAUCAGUUCCUAUAACAACAGCCUCCACCACUACGCCAAUGCCAGUUACAACUACUUCAACAACGCCCAUGGAAACUACAUCUCCAACAACCACAACCACGCCUUUUGGGACUUCUACUACGACAACACCAGCUACCACAACAACAACAACGCCCUUUGGAACUACUGUUACAACAACACCAGUUCCUACAACAAUGACAACAACAAUUACAUCAACCCCUUUUGAAACUACUACUACUACAACAACACCAGUUCCAACAUCAAUGCCAACAACAACAGCUCCUUUUGGGACUACUACAACAACAACGCCUUUUGGAACUACCAUUACUACUUCUAAAGCAACAACUACAACUACGACCACUGACAUUACAUCUACAACAACAAAAGUUCCAACAACUACUACAACAACACCAGUUCCAACAUCAAUGCCAGCAACAACAACAACUCCUUUUGGGACUACUACAACAACAACGCCUUUUGGAACUACCAUUACUACUUCUAAAGCAACAACUACAACUACGACCACUGGCACUACAUCUACAACAACAAAAGUUCCAACAACUACAACAACAACCCCUAUUAAAACUACUACCACAUCUAAACCAAUUCCCACAACCACAACAACGGCAGGAAGUACUUGCACUGGACCAGCAAUUCCAGGAACAGUUUGUCCAGCAACUGGAGAACAAGGAGUGGCCUGCACUUGUCCAAAAAGCUGCUCGGAUUAUGGCCCCAACUACACUGGAAUGGCUGAAAUUUGUCCCAACAGGUAA